AUGGCAAUUGCCAUAGUUUAUAUGGCUAAAGAAUUCAACUGGGAUCAUAGUAUACAAGGCUAUGUAAUAUCGUCACUUUAUUUUGGAUAUUUUAUAACUAUAAUUACAGGAGGUAUGCUUGCUGAUAAAUUCGGUGGAAAGAGAAUAUUGAGCAUGGCUGCAGCAGCUUGGACACUCUUUACUUUACUCACUCCAAUUUCUGCCAGAAUAAACGUAUACUGUCUUAUAUUGUGCAGGAUUUGUUUAGGAAUGGGUGAAGGUCCAACAUAUCCAUCUGUUCAUUCAUUAAUUUCAAAAUGGUUUCCACCCGAAGAACGAACUAGAGCUAUUACUUUGGCAGGUGUUACAAAUUUUAUCGGUAUGGUAAUCACUAUGCCAAUUUCAAAUCUAUUGGGCUCGAGUCAGUUUGGCUGGGAAAGUAUUUUUUGGGUAUUUGCAAUCGUCGGUUCUAUUUGGUCCGCUAUUUGGUAUUUUUAUGGAAAAAGUGAUCCUAGAGACUACCCAGGAAUUAGCAAAGAAGAAUUGAAUUGGAUUUUGAAAAGCGAAUCAACUGUUUAUUCCGAAGUUAAUUCCAGAAACUAUCAAUUAAGAUCUAGGCAAUACAUUACGAUUACUGACGAUGAUCUUAGCAUUUCUGAAAGCGAAAAUGAUAUGUUACUACCGAAGAAUCUAGUAUCAACAAGACCAUAUUAUGCACAUAAAAUUCCUUGGAAAUUGAUAUUUUCUCGCCGUGAAGUGUGGGCAAUUUUACUCUGUCAAUUUUUUAGCUCUUGGAGCUAUUUUAUUUUGCUUAAUUGGUUACCAAUAUUUUAUUAUGAAUAUUUUCAUGUAGACAUUCAUUUAAUUGGAUUCUACACCGUUGGUUGUAUCUGUGAUUAUGCGAUUCAUCAAUUAAAAAUUCGCGUUAUAACUGUGCGAAAAUCUGUCAAUAUAAUUGGAUCCUUUGGAAUAUCGAUACCUCUUUUAUUGAUAACAUAUUUGGCAAAAACUUCAUUUGAAGGAUUAUUGAUGAUAACAAUUGGUUUUGCAUUAUACUCAUUCCAAGCUUCGAGUUUUGUCGUAUCUCAGUUGGAUAUUGCACCAAAAUAUGCGGGUGUAAUGUGUGCCUUAGGAAUUAUUAGUGGGAUGGUCCCAGCUUUUUUCGGUGUAGCAUUAACGGGUUGGAUAUUAGAAGUUACUGCUAAUAAUUGGAGUAUUAUUUGGCGUAUAUGUUCUCUACUUAAUAUUAUUGGAACAGCAAUUUAUUUUGCCUGGGCUGGUGGAGAGGUAGUAGUUGAUUGA